AUGGCCUCUCAGGCAGCCACUCUCCGAGGCGACGAGUACUGUGCUCGCCUACCUACACCACCACGCAUCGUCGUACCGCCGCCAACAGCAAACAUUAGCCUGGCCCCCGAGUUCAAUCUACACCCCAUCGCCAAAUCCGGUCCUUUAUCAGCCAUCAACUAUGACAACAUGACAACUGGUAGUCUCCUGGACUGGAGCUACGAACGUCGUCGUCAAGCACAGCAGAUCCUCCCCUUCCUCUACCUGGGUCCCAUGAGUGCUGUCAAAGAUCGCGACUUCCUACGGACCGAAGGCAUCACCCUGCUCAUGGCUGUCCGUCAACGUCACUCGUUCGAGAGCAAGAUCAUGCAAGCGGCUUUGAACGUCGCCGAUGAGAUCAACAUCCAGAAGCAAGCCCUCGACAUGUCUAGCGCACAUCAACUCGUCUCGUCCUUCACUCGCGCCUCGGUCGCCAUCAACGAACACAUGAAUUCUCGGCCUGACGCCAAGGUCCUCGUAUUCUGCGAAAGUGGCAACGAACGCUCCGCUGCCGUCGUCGCCGCCUAUCUGAUGGAUAUCCUGGCCGAUGUCGACCAUAUCAAGGCUAUGCAAAUCGUCCAGGCUCAACGCUUCUGUGUCAACUUUGACGACAAUGUCAAGCGCUUGCUGCAAGGAUACUGGGACCUUUUGCAGGCCAGGCGUACUACCGCCACUGUGGACACUGGCGGUAGGGCAAAACGUCAUCUCGAGAGGGAGAUGGACAGCGAUGGAAUGGACAUUGAUGAGACCGGCGACGACACGGAGAGAUUUGGCAGCAGAACGUUUGCCCCCUUCGUGGACGCUGCCUGA